AUGGAAAGCGGGAAAAACAGCAGCAGCAGCAGCAGCAGCAUAAGCAGCAGCAGCAGCAGCAACAGCACUGCAGCAGAGGCACCGAAGGCACCCGGGAACGCUGCAGCAGCAACUGCAGCAGAUCCAGCAGCAGCAGCAGCUGCUUCUCCUGCAGCAGCAGCAAAUGAUCUGCACGUGUCCGAAGAUGCAACAGCAGCGCCUGCUGCAGCAGCAGCACCUGCUGCUGCUGCAGCACCAAAUUCAGAAGGUGCAGCAGCAGAAACUGCAGCAGCAGCAGCAUCGGAAGCAAAGCCAGAUGGAGAAGGGCCAGCAGCAGCAGCAGCAGCAGCAGCACCAUCAGCAGCAACAGCAGCACCAGCGGAUGUAGAAGCGCCGGCUGCAGCAGCAGCAGAAGCAGCGAGGAAGGCAGCAGACGCACAGGAACCAGUCGAGGAAGAAGCAGCAGCAGCAGCAGCAGCAGCAGCAGCAGCAGCAGAAGCAGCAGCACCUGCAGAGGCACCAGAAUCGAGUGCCGCAGGUGACCCCUCAAGUUUCCAGACAGCAGCAGCAGUAACAGCAGCAGAAUCGGCAGCAGCAGCAGCAGCAGAGGCUCCGGCUGCAGCAGCAGCAACUUCAGAUCCGCAGAUGCGGGGCAAUGAUGCCGACGAGAAACACCAGCAGCACCAACUGCAGCAGCAGCAGCAGCUGGAGCAGCAGCAGCAGCUGGAGCAGCAGCAACAGCUGGGGCAGAAGCAGCAGCAGCAGCCGCAGCAGCAGGCGGAACAGCAGCACUCGCAGCAGGAGCAACUGCAGCAGCCGCAGCAGCAGCAACAGCAGCUGCCGCAGCCGCAACAGCAACAGGAGCAACAACAGCAGCCGCCGCUGCAGCAGCAGCUGGAGCAGCAGCAACCACAGCAGCAGCCACAGCAGCAGCAGCAGCAGCAGCAGCAGCAGCGGGCCUCUGCAGCAGAAGGCUUGCCACUGCAGCGGAGCCUUUCCCAUUACAUGAAAGUCCCGAAGAGGAGACCCACAAACUUGGAGCCAAGCAGCAGCAGCAGCAGCAGCAGCAGCAGCAGCAGCAGCAGCCCGUUGGAGGCCACAAGCAUGGCCAACAACUGCAGCAGCAGCAGCAGCAGCAGCAGCAGCAGCAGCGUGCCUGAGGAGACACUCGAAGGGGACAGGAGUGCUGCUGCUGUUGAAGACGUUGUGGAGUACAUACAGUCCGACACAGAGAAAGUCCAGAUUGUGGUAAGUCAGCAGCAGCAGCAGCAGCAGCAGCAGCAGCAGCAGCAGCAGCAGCAGCAGCAGCAGCAGCAGCAGCAAAAGCAGCAGCAGCAGUAG